AUGUUCCUGCUCCAAAGCUUCGUCGACCCAUACCUGACCGCCGGGGCCGCGAUCCUUUUCGCGAUCCUCUACCUCGUCCUCAGCCCGAAGAAGCCGACCCUUCCGCCGGGGACAACCCUCCCGCCAGGCCCCAAACCCAAACCCCUCAUCGGCAACCUCCUCUCGAUCCCGCCGGUGCACUCCUGGCUGGCCUUUCACGAGCUCAUCAAGGAGCACGGCCCCGUCGUCCGCCUUGCCCUCCCGGGCGGCCAGGAGCACGUCCUCCUCGGCACCGAGGCCGCCGCCAACGAACUCCUCCGUCAGCGGGGCAACAUCUACAGCGAUCGGCACUAUGCGCCGGCGUCCUCGCACUUCUUGACUGAUGAUCACAUGCUUCUACUACUACCUUACGACGAGAAAUGGCGAAACUACCGCAGGUUCUUGCAUCAGGUGACCAUGUCGCCCGUCGCGCCGCAGUAUGAAACGGAGCAGCGCAUCGAGGCGGUACGACUGAUCCGCGAUCUGAUCCGCAAGCCGCGCGGCUACGAAGUCCUCUUUGAGCGGUUCAGCGUCGGGCUGGGCAUGCGGAUCAUCUACGGCCUGCGCGCGGAGACCGGCCACGACCGCGAGGUGCGGAUGUUGCUUGACAUCGUCCACGAGCUGGAGCGCGUGGGCUCGCCCGGCGCAUACCUCGUCGACAUCUUCCCGUUACUGAAGUAUCUGCCAGAGUGGCUGGCGCCCUGGAAGAAGUACCUCCGAGCCAGGAGGCGCCGCGACGAGGAUUUCUUCCAGGAACUCAUCGACCGUAGCAAAUCGCCGUCCUGGGCGCGGACGUGGCGGGAAACUCAAGACCAGUGGGGGCUCACACGGCGGGAGGCAAAUUGGAUGCUAGGAUCUGUCUUUCAGGCUGCGGGCACAACGUCUGGGUCGGCCCUUGCGUCGUUUAUCCUCUGCGUUGUGCGGAAUCCCGGGUGGUUUGAGAGGCUUCAGGCUGAGGUCGACUCUGUUGUUGGACCGGACAGGUUGCCUACUUUUGAGGAUAUGCCUCGGCUUCCGCUUGUGAGGGCGUGCGUAAAGGAAACGCUGCGGUACUACCCGAUCACGGCCGGCGGUUUCCCUCACCGUCUAACGGAAGACGACACUUACAACGGGUAUUACUUGAAGAAGGGUACCGUGGUGCAUGCAGUGCAAUGGGCUAUCCAACGCGACCCUGAAACUUAUCCCGAUCCUGAAGCAUUUAACCCCGACCGCUGGCUGGAUCCCAAGUACCCGACAUACAAGGAACCUCUCACCGUCUAUCCAAACCUGCAGCAGUUCACGGCGUUUGGCCACGGCCGCCGGAUUUGUCAGGGGAUCAAUAUUGCUGAGCGGAGUCUCAACCUCAAGAUCGCACUGCUUGCUUGGGCUUGUAACAUUUCCCGGGCUACGGAUGGUAAUGGGAAAGAGAUCAUACCGCCACUGUAUGACUUUGCUGCGGGUUUCAAUGUGCAGCCAAAAGAGUUUGAUUUCGACCUGCAGCCCAGAAGUCAACAGCGAGUAGACUUGUUGGAGAGCGUAUAUGAGCACACGCUGAGGGAGGAUCCGUUGUUGUCAUAG